ACGCCGGGUCCUCCCUCUCCCUCUCUGUCUCCCUCUCUCUCUAUCUAGACUUUCGAUAGUCUCUCUCUAAUCUUCAUCCCCUUUCCAAAAUAAUUAGCAUUAAAAAAUCAUACUCCAAGUUUUCACUUUCUCCGUGAUGUGAAUUCUUCUCUGCCCAAGCAACAAAAAAGUCUUCUCUUUCACACCUUCGUCGAAUCGCACACCCAUGGCUACAUUGAAAUAAAAGAACCUAGGGUUUUGACAGACCACACGCUCCAACAAAGGUUCGGUCUUUGAUGUUCUCUUAACCCUUCUCUAUCCUUUUCUUCAUUGCAGCUUCUAUUUUCCUGUAAAUCUAUCUGGGCUGGGUUUGUCUUCUUCGAUCCAUUUUCGAUACCCAAUUCAAUCUGAUUGGAAAUUCCAGAAAAAAAUGAUUAUUUAGCUGUUGGGUUUCUGUUAUAUCUGGUUAUGAAUGAUUGAAGAUCCACUUAAUCAGUAGAUUUUGGUAUUUUGGGGAUUUUUGAGUUGUUUUUUGGUACCAUAGUUUUUAGGCGGUUUUCUUUGGUUGUUUUAUGGGGGGCUGGGAUGGAAGAGAUUGAAGAAGAGCUGGGUAUUUAUUUCAUCGAAAUCGGUUUUUGUAGUUGGGGUAUUUUUGUUAAAGAAUGAAUAAGGAUCCAUCAAAUCUGUAAAUUUUAGUGAUUUUGUGCUGUUAUUGUGUUUGGGUAGAUUUUAGGGUUUUCUUUUGGGUUGGUAUAGUGGGGUGAGAUGGAGGAAGUUGAACAAGCUAACAGAAAAGCAGUAGAGUGUAGCCUUAGAGUUGUUAGACUCUUAUCUCAGCCCCAAGAUCAGACUCAGCUUAGAAAUAUAAUGGUGGAAACAGGAGAGGCUGUGUUUAGGUUCAAGAGAGUUGUUUCUCUUCUUAAUUCUGGAUUGGGUCACGCAAGAGUAAGAAAGGUCAAGAAAAUGCAAACCGCUUUCCCGCAAAACCUCCUGCUCGACAAUCCGAUUCGCAGAACAGAUCAUCAACCCCCGCAUAUUAAUUUUCUUCAAAACCCAAUUCAAGAAAUGGGUUCUCAUGUUAAAAGUUCUCUCGCGUUGGGGAACCCAUUGUUUGAUACGCCUUUGAAUGGAAAAACCCCACUUCAACUUGCUCAGCAAAUACCACAGGCAAAACACCACCAUUUCAUUCAACAGCAGCUGCAGAAACAGCAAGAGAUGAUCCAGCUUCAGCAGCAGCAGCAGCAGAUGAAGCAGCAAGCGGAAAUUAUGUACCGUAGAAGUAAUAGCGGGAUCAAUCUGAAUUUUGAUGGCUCCACGUGUACACCCACGAUGUCAUCCACCAGGUCUUUUAUCUCUUCAUUGAGUGUAGAUGGGAGCAGUGUGGCUAAUUUGGAUGGGAGUGGCUUCAAUUUAAUUGGUGCAGCUGGCUCUUCUGGUCAAAAUCCUCACCAACACAAGCGAAGGUGCUCUGGAAAGGGAGAUGAUGGAAGCACGAAAUGUGGGAGUAGUGGUAGAUGCCACUGCUCAAAGAAGAGGAAACAUAGGGUGAAGAGAUCAAUAAAGGUACCUGCGGUCAGUAGCAAGCUUGCGGAUAUCCCUCCCGAUGAGUAUUCAUGGAGGAAGUAUGGACAGAAGCCCAUUAAGGGUUCUCCUCAUCCCAGGGGAUACUAUAAAUGUAGCAGUAUGCGGGGUUGCCCUGCAAGGAAACAUGUGGAGAGGUGCUUGGAAGAACCCUCAAUGCUUAUUGUAACUUAUGAAGGAGAGCAUAACCACCCGAGAUUACAACCACAAACCUAGAGGAUGGCUUCGCAAUGAUUAGUUUCAUGUUGGAUCCAGCAGCACUCAAUCAUGAUUUGCUUGGAUCGCUCGUGUAGAUACUUUUUGUCGUUUAAGCUUUAGAUGCAUGUGGAACAACUUUCUUGUAUUCGGGAAUUGGCACCGUGAGGCAAGCAGAUUUGAAGCAUGUCCAACAGAAUUCUGUGAAUUCUAACUGAAUGAUUGUGAGAACAGUCCUCAUCGUGUAUGGCAUUCUCUCCUCUCUCAAACAGUUUAGGUUUUUUUUUUUUUUCGUCCAUGGAUUUUGGUUUCGAUUAUCAGAAAUGUAACCUGGGUUUCUCUGGUGCUGCCUUUUAAGUACUCUCUCACAUUUCGACA